CCAACAGUGGCAAUAGUACCAUUUGCCCUUCUUCCCGGCCAUGUGGUCCUUGUUGAAGGAAGAUCUGCCCGAUUUGCACCGGAGAAGAACAGAACAGCUCAAGAUGCGGACAAGAUUGAAGCUUUCCCGAAAGUGAGUUUUAGAGGACCAUUGAAGGGAUGUUUCUAGCUCAAUUCUCUGAAGUGACUUUCCUAUAAGCAUCUGGGCCGAUGAGAGGACACGGACCGCCCAUGUUCGUCUUUACGAGGCGCCUCAGAAACCACUCUUCUCGGUGCCGAUGUUGAGGCAAGCUCUAUGAGCUCCGUUUCAAGAUGGGCCAGAUGAACCUUCCGGCAGACAAUGGCAGCGUCACGUGGGUUCCUUUGCACGUCACUGCCCUCGCAGCUGUGGCAGAGCAGGAUGAGGGGAUGACCAUCCGUGCAAGGAAAUUGCGGGACCGGGCGGAGCGGUGUCCCACCAACUCCGCGGCAAGGGGGGUGGCAGAAGAGGCCCUGUUACGCCUGGGGGCGGCGCUGCGGGCCCGAGCCACUGAGCUCAAGAGCUUCUAUGAGAGCAUCAUCUUAGAGGACCGGUCGGUUCUGUUUGAACGGGAACGCCUGCGACUCCAGCGCCUGCUAAAAGCCCUGGAGGCCCCCCUUGCGGUGCGCCCCCCCAUCAAGCCGCUUCCAGUGAACACGUCGGACACGCUGUCGGCGCAGGGCCUGGGCGCACUGCUAUGGAAGAAAACGGGGGGAGCGCUCGCAACAGUACACAGUGCGCCCUCCACUCCCAAGGGCACUUCUCGGCGCCACCAGUCGUUCGCCGCGCCUCCCGAUGCACCCCCCGUUCUUCAGCUCCCAGCAAAGCCCGCCCUGCGCCUGCACAGCCUCCGAGGAACCCCCCCUUUCCAAACCGGGCCAACGUCCCCCCGGAGCGGAAUGAAGUCUCCCAGGGGGGCCAUGUCACCCCGCACUGGCUCCCCCCCGGCAAGCAGCUUGCGGCCCGCUGCCCUGGGGCCUAAUUAUGUCCCCAGCCCGCUGCAGGGGGUCGCUUUUCCUGAGCCGCCGAGCCCCCCGGCUGCGCCUUCUGGCAGAAGCCACUCCAAAAAGAGGUCGUUCGCUCUCCCUGAUGACGCGUUCUCGUUAGACGCUACCAGCCCGGAAGAUUCACCCGGGGAACUGACUGGUGUGCCCGGUACUACGGAAAGCAGUAGCUUAGAGCAAGGCAAUCUAGAACCGGGCACUCCGAUCGAGCCCCUCGAGGAGCCGUCCAAUAAAAGCAAGGAAAGCGAUCCGGGGCGGGUGGUAGAGCUUGUAGUGAAGCUCACAGCGGACGAGUUUGAGGAGCUGAUGAGGCUCGCCAGGCAGAGGACUCGAGAAGUAUGACGGCGGGUAGUCGCAAAGCUUUCUUGCAUUUCCCAUCACUCUUACAUGCCCGAAUCCAAGAAGCUAUCCUGCAAGAACGCCCAUGACACUAAUCAGGCUUCCAUAUCGGGUCUUUUGCCAUGCCAGCGUGCAGGCGGCGCUGCUGGG